CAAGUCCAUUCUAACCAAAGCAAAAUGUUCUCCAAAAUCAUCGUACUAUGCGCGGUGGCAGCGGCAUGCAAUGCAGGUCUUUUGCACCAUGCCCCAGCUGUAUCACACAACGUGAUCCACCACGAAGUACCAGCUCACUAUUCGGUUCAAGCUGCCCCAGCUUACCAUGCUGCACCUGCAAUCCACUCUGCUCCGAUCCAUACAUCAGUGAUCCACGCUGCCCCGGUCGUUCAUGCUGCCCCAGUAGCCCACGCCGUCCACGCUGCCCCCGUUGCUCACGGCUCUGGCCACGAAGAAGAUCACUAUGUUGAUGAAUACGCCCAUCCCAAAUAUGGCUACUCUUACUCUGUUGAAGACCCUCACACCGGCGACCACAAAUCCCAGCACGAAACCCGCGACGGUGACGUAGUCAAGGGUGAAUACUCCUUAUUGCAGCCUGAUGGUUCUUUCCGCAAAGUCACAUACACCGCUGACCACCACAAUGGAUUCAACGCUGUCGUCCACAACUCGCCACCUGUCAUCCAUCAUCAUUAGAGGUUGUCAACCUAACUGUGAUAUUAGUGUAGUUAAUUUAGUUAACCGAAUAAGCCUUAAAAUACCUAUGUAUUCUAUGUAAUCUUCCGCUCUUGCUUUUGCUUUGUUGUUAAUAUCACGUGUAAUGGGUUUCAUAAUUACAUAAAUCAUAAAAGACAUUUUGUUCUCAAUAAAACUUUUUAUAGUAUAAUAUAGUACCUAUAAAUGUGCCAAAAUAUGUAAGUUUUGAUAAGUGUGUUUGUGAAUUUGA